AUGAUACUCUACUACUCAGUCUUGCUUUGCCUCUGCUCCAUUGGAGCCUUGGCCGCCAACUGCACGAGUCUCCCUCCCUCCCCCCAGCUGCAGUCCAUCACCACACUCCCCGAUCCCUUCUCGUGGUAUCCACUGUCGCAGUCCGGUCGUGUUGCCACUCUCUCCGACUGGAAAUGCCGCCAGAGCCACAUUAGCACGCUCCUCCAGCAGCUUGAACUAGGCACCAAGCCUCCCGCUCCAUCCAGCGUAACCUCCACCUUCACCCAAAACAAACUCACCAUCACGGCCUCUAACGCCGGGAAAACCAUCUCCUUCACGGCAACCAUCACCUAUCCCUCUGGUACAGGAGCAGGACCAUACCCCGCCAUGAUUGCCUACGGGGGGCUAAGCAUCCCCCUCCCACCCGGAGUAGCAAGCAUCACCUUCGACAACAGCCAGAUCGCCCAGCAAACCGACCAAAGCAGUCGCGGCAGGGGCCUCUUCUACGACCUGUACGGGGCCAACCACUCCGCCGGCGCAAUGAUAGCCUGGGCAUGGGCAACAUCCCUCCUCAUCGACCGCCUCGAAGCCACACCCGCCGCGAGAAUCAACACACCCAGAAUCGGAGUGACGGGCUGCUCGCGCAACGGCAAGGGGGCACUAGUCGCCGGCGCAUUCGAUCCGCGGAUCGCACUCACCGUACCCCAGGAAUCCGGCACGGGGGGGUCCGGAUGCUGGCGGCUGGCGCAGGCAGAAGACGGCGCGCCGCAGAGCGUGCAGACGGCGGGGGAGAUCGUACAGGAGAACGUCUGGUUCGCGAGUGCGUUCGAGACCUAUGCGAAUGACGUUGAGCUUCUCCCGUUUGACCACCAUCUGCUGGCGGGACUGGUUGCCCCGCGGGGUCUGCUGUCCAUCGACAAUGCGGGAUAUCAGUGGCUGGGCCCGUGGUCGGCGCUGGGGUGUAUGGGGACAGCGAGGCUGAUCUGGCAGGCGAUGGGGGUGCCGGACUAUAUGGGCUAUUCGAUGUCUACGGAUCAUCCGCAUUGCUCGUUUCCGGAUCAGCAGAGGGGGGAUCUGUUUGCGUUUAUCGAUCGGUUCUUGCUGGGGAUGGAGGCCAACACCACGGUGCAGAAGAAUUAUGCGGGGAUUGCGUUUGAUAGCAAGCCGUGGAUGAGCUGGGAGGUUCCCACUUUGACUUGA